GGACCAAGACCAGAAAGACUACUGGCCGGCGCACGUGAUGGUGGCGGUGUUCUUGGCGCUGGACGUGGCGGUGGUCGCUCGCCUCCGCUUCUCAGUAACCGACAAGAAGAUCUCGAGGGCGGACGUACACGAGGUCUUCCGGCAGCCUUCUGUGAUGCUUACGGUGCUGACGACGGUGGUCCUCGGGCUGUCCUGCGGGAUGAUAGGAACCUUCCACUUCCUGCUGGUGGAGGACGUGGCGGCUGCUUGGGACCCCGGGUUCUCCCAUCUCAAGCUCCUUCAGGGGCUCAUGCUCGGGGUGCAGUGCCUGGUGGCCGAGGUUCCCUGCCUUUUCCUGACGGGCUGGCUCAUCAAGAAAAUCGGCUACGUCAACGCGUUCCUACUCUCCCUCUCGACCUUCUGCCUGCGUCUGUGUCUCUACGCCGCCGUCACGAAUCCCUGGUGGUUCCUGCCCAUCGAGCUCCUCCACGGGGUCAUGCUCGGGGUGCAGUGCCUGGUGGCCGAGGUUCCCUGCCUUUUCCUGACGGGUGAGUGCGGGUGGUGUUCCUCCUGUAGGUUUUGA